AUGCCGCCUCGAAAGAAGGCGAAGGGCUCUGCCUUAGCUCAGGCAUUUGCUGCAGGAGCCUACACUCCGGCAUCUGCGACGACGGUUGAUGACCUGCCUCGAUUGCAACUAGAUGCCAUGGACUUGGUUGAGGGCAUCUAUUCCUUGAGGCAUGCAAAGCCCACCGAUGUGCACACAGAUCCUCUUUUCGGGAUGGUUCCAAAGGACGGGCUAUAUCCAUGGCCCAUCUGUCAUGGUGGCACGUUCAAAGACAUCGCACAAAGAGCUUUUGAGGACAGUGAUCGUCUUGUCAGCAUGUCCACGGAGUUAGCCUUCCAAGCAGGCCUGCUUGAAGUCCAGGAUGAUGCCGAGUUUUUGCAGCACUACUGCAAACUGGAUGCUUGGCCACCUGAAAAGUCAGAAGCCUUCGAGACGUCCGUGCUGGCUUGGAGCUUUGCGGAUCAGAGCUUUUGGCGAGGACAUGCCAUCGCGAUGAGCGAAGUGGUGAACUUCGCACGUGCAAUUGCUGCAAGUCGAUUCCACGAGGGGGAGACGGUGACUCUUCGGCUUCCAUGUGCACCGUUGAAGCCGGUGAACCUUGCCAUCGGAUCUUUGUUCUUCAGUGAUGGGUCUCAGAAAACCCUUGGAGCCUUUAUUGUAUGGAUUGCAUUGUGCCUGGCAGCUGGGAGGGAGAGCAACCAGGGAACGUUUGGGAACGAUGCCAAUGUGCAAGCAUUGCUGGGUUCGCUUUUGCGAAUCAGAACAGUUCUCAAAGGAAGCUCUGGAUCUUCAGAUGAUCUGGACAGUGCUGUGGCAAGGAUCGUGAAGCAAAACUUAGAUUCAAAGGUCCAGCCAGUUAGCUCUUUGGCUUGGUGCUCCAUUUUGACUUCGGUGUGCGAUGGCAGUACUGGUUCAUUUGACUCAGCGAUGGCCAAGUACAACGCACACCCCGAGGUGCGAGCAAUGGACUCUUCAGGCGGAGCAGGUCCUAUCUCUCUUGACAAUCGGAAAAAACAGGCACGGUAUUCUGGUAACCGGUGGUGUGUGUGUGAGUUGCUUCGUAGCACACACGACCUGCCAUUCAGCCACGGCCCCUUCGGGGAAGCAUUUUGCGCUGUUGGGGCUAUGUUCAUCGGAAGCGUUGGCAAGCUGGAAUCCAUGGAUGCCGAGUAUGACUCCAUGCAGCCGCAGCCACUGCCGCACGAAGCGUUCAUUACCAUCGAUUGGCAGCUCAGUAUGACUCCCGAGGCGCAGACACUCCUGUUCCGGCGGGUGAGGAUCACCUUCGACCGGGUAACGGGAAUGGUUCCACAGAAUUUGAAGAAACGGUAUCGUAUGGGGACAGAGGAACUCCUACGGGUCAGGAACAUGGUUGUAAUAUUCAGCCAGAUUUUGGGACACCUGCGGGCUCGGCUGAGCACAGAAGAGGUGGCAAGGUGGAUUGAAGAUGUUGAGACUGGCAUGGGCCGAGAUGAGGACCUGAUGCACUUGUUGCACCGCAGGCCCAAUGUUUUCUCUCUUUCCAUGCUCCUCUCGCACCAAGAGAAGGCCUCGGAAGACUUGCAGGAGUUAGAGAGGAAAAAGGUAGAGCAGGUUGAGUGCCAGCGUCAGGAAGUUCUGGCUGCACAGUGGAAGUACUUCUGUGCUGCCCUGGAGAAGGACCAGGAGGGAUUGACGAUUGUUCAGAGAGCACCAGCCCAAGUUCGGCAGAAGCUCCAUGUGAAGCAGGUUGCGCAUCGCGGGAAAGCCAUUGCUGCGGCAGAAGCAGCAUGCGCGGGAUACCAGGAGCGGAUGACUAUUCUUUCGAAGCCACAUGAUUUUAGCUUAAUAUGA